GCACCUGCUCCCCACACAUUCUGGAACUGUGUAUAUCACCUGUGCGCAAUGGGACGUCUCGUGAACGUGACAUCACACUCAAGUGUGAUGUCUCGGUCUUCUCGGUUAUUUAUAGCACAAAGUUUGCUCGAUUGUUUACACAUUUACCUCCGGCAGCUCUCCACCAGGUCUAGCCCUUGGAUUGGCAUGCACUUGUAUCUUCAACCAAAUGGCCUCGGGUGCGAUGUCUCCGACUGACGAUGACGAGCUCACUCUCCCUCGCGCAUCCAUAAACAAAAUGAUCAAGGAGAUCCUGCCGCAUGUGCGAGUCAGGACCGAAUCCAGAGAACUCAUUCUCAAUUGUUGCACCGAGUUCAUCCAUCUCUUAUCCUCGGAAGCGAACGAGAUCUGCAAUCAACAGCAGAAGAAAACGAUAAACGCGGAACACGUACUGCAGGCGCUUGACAAAUUAGGCUUCGGUGAUUACAACGCGGAAGCGGAGGCUGUGCUGCGAGAUUGCAAAGCAGUAGCAGCUAAGAGGAGACGUCAGAGCACUAGAUUGGAAAAUCUCGGGAUUCCGGAGGAGGAAUUGCUUCGGCAACAACAGGCACUGUUCGCUAAAGCACGGGAGGAGCAGGCGGUUGCGGAACAACAGCAAUGGCAGCAGUUGCAAGCUGUUGCACAAAUGGCAACCAUGCCGCAAACCUACAGUGAACAAGAAGAUUACUCAUAAGCGAAAAAUAUUCAGAGACGAUAACUUAUGAUUAAAAGGGUAGUCAGUUUUAUCUUUCUUUUUUACCUUCGAAGAGACACGUAAAUAGGACGAAACUGUAGUGGAGAAAAGAAAAUUCACAGAUAAAACGACGGAAAUUGAAGAGAGACCAUUAAAUGGAAAUGAAAAGUUAAAUGAGAAACCACACAUUCUAUUUAUUUCUGAAGAAAUGUUCUUAUGAAUAAUCGAGAAGAAUGGCAGGAAUAGAUUAUUCUUAAAAACUUUAUCAUGUAUCAUAUUUGAACUGUGCAUUAAAUAUCUUAAUUUAAUGUUAUAAUUUAUUUAAAAACAAAGUAAUAAAGCAAAUAAAUCGUA